AUGCACAAAUCCCCCGCGGCAAUAUUGGAUCGCCCCAUCCCGGAUGAUGUUGACACCUCGAUUCACCAGCCCAGAGAUCCCAAUACUCUGAGUAACUACAAUGUCUGGAGAACCAAGCAUGUGACUGCCAACUUGGAGCUGGAAUUUGCCAAGAACAGAUGUGCUGGUACCAUCAAGCUCGAAUUGGCAAGACUGCACAAGGGUCAAGGAAGCCAGAAAGUCGUCCUUGAUACCAGUUUCCUUGACAUUCAAGAUGUCAAGCUUGCUGGUAAGAAGGCCAAGUGGAACCUCGGAGAGAGAGUCGAGCCCUAUGGAAGUCCUCUUACCAUCGAUAUUCCUAACGACCACUCUGGAGAUGCUGAGAUUGAGGUUACCAUGGCUACCACCGACAAGUGUACUGCUGUGCAAUGGAUGACUCCCGAACAAACCUCCAACAAGAGACAUCCUUACAUGUUCUCUCAAUGCCAGGCCAUCCACGCUCGCUCUCUGUUGCCUUGCCAGGAUACUCCCGACGUAAAGUCAACCUUCACCUUCAACAUCCGCUCUCCCCUCCCCGUCCUCGCCAGUGGUCUCCCCACCGGAAACAAGGACUUCCGCCAUGGCGAGAAUGAUGCUCCUGGAACUCUUCUCUAUACCUUCGACCAAAAGAUCCCGAUGCCCGUCUACCUCUUCGCGCUUGCUAGUGGUGAUCUUGCUUCUGCUGCUAUCGGUCCUCGCAGUUGUGUUCACACUGGUCCUGAGGAGUUGUUGGCUUCGCAGUGGGAGUUCGAGCCAACUGAGAAAUUUAUCCAGGCUGCCGAGAGGAUUGUUUUCCCUUAUGCUUGGACGCAGUACAAUGUUCUUGUCCUGCCUCCCAGUUUCCCUUAUGGCGGAAUGGAGAACCCAAUCUUCACGUUCGCAACACCUACAUUGAUCUCUGGCGACCGUGAGAACGUCGACGUCAUUGCACACGAACUUGCUCACUCAUGGUCCGGCAACCUGGUCACCAACUGCAGUUGGGAGCACUUCUGGCUGAACGAGGGCUGGACUGUCUACCUCGAACGUAGAAUCCAGGCUUCGAUCCACGGCGAGCCUCACAGAGACUUCAGCGCCAUCAUUGGCUGGAAGGCGUUGACCGAUAGCAUCGAGGGCUACGGCGCCGAUCACGAAUACACAAAAUUGAUCCCCGAUCUCAAGGGCAAGGAUCCUGAUGAUGCAUUUUCUAGCAUCCCUUACGAGAAGGGUUUCACUUUCCUCUACUACCUCGAGAAGCUGGUUGGUAAGGAGAAGUGGGACAACUUCAUUCCUCAUUACUUCACCACCUUCGCCCAGAAGUCUCUUGACUCCUAUGAGUUCAAGGCUACUCUUCUCGACUUCUUUGCAAAGGACGAGAAGGCGACCGACAAGCUGACCUCUGUCGACUGGGACACUUGGUUCUACAAGCCUGGCUACCCACCCAAGCCUGACUUUGACACCAGCAUGGUUGACGUCUGCUACGAUCUUGCCAACAAGUGGGAGUCGCUCAACGGUGGCAAAUUAGACUUUACUCCUUCCGCGUCCGACAUCUCAUCCUGGUCCGCCAACCAAUCUGUCGUCUUCCUUGAGAAGAUUCAGACCUGGAAAACUCCUCUUUCACCCGCCCUCGUUGAGAAGAUGGGCGAGGUCUACUCUUACGCCAAGUCAAAGAACGUCGAAGUUGUCAGUAGAUACAUGAUUGUCGGUCUCAAGGCAAGAUGCGAGAGCGUAUACAUCCCCACCACCGAGUUGCUGGGCACAGUCGGUCGCAUGAAGUUUGUGCGUCCACUGUACCGUAACCUCCGGGAGUGUGAUGAGAAGCUCGCUCAGCACACAUUCGAGAAGUACAAGGAGUUUUACCAUCCUAUUUGUAAGGAGAUGGCCAGCAAGGAUGUGUACGGCAAGGCUCGUGGUGGUUAG